AUGAGUACUAGAAGUUCUUCAGGUAUACCACAGGAUGAGGAUUAUACAGAUGAAGAUAGUAUAUAUGAUUUGAGAGAUCAUAGACAUAGAAAACACCGGAAAAUACGUGCUACUUCUUCGAGAGAGGGUGAAGAUGAGUCAGAGGGUAUUGAAAUAUCAAAUGUUGGAAGCAGCACAAAUGAGGAAACAACACCAGAAUAUGGGAUGCCAUCGCAAUUGAGAAAUGAAUCAGGUCGAAUGGACGAACUUGCAUUUUCAUUUGUAAGAGCUAUCUUAGGGUUGGAGAACAAAUACCAGAUACUCAAUAAAAACUUUAUAUCCAAGGUUCUAGAGACGGAAGGAGAGAAGGGUACAGGAAUCCAAUUUAAAAGGGAUAUUUUAAUUCGUGUGAAUAACAUUCUUCGACCAACAUUUGCCAUGUAUCUUGUACCACUGGCCUCAAAUCGAGAGGAAACAAGAAACUCAAACGAAGAGUACAUCAUGGUUAAUAAACUCUCUGAGCGAAUGAAGGAACGGACAUAUAAAUUUUUUAAACAAUACACUGGACGGUUAAACUCAAUUGAUGAUCUUAGACUGAAUCUUGCAACAGAAAAAGGACAAGUUACCACUUUUGGCAAGGCAGAGGUAAAGCCUGCGACGGAAGCCAUUCAGAAGGGGUUCAAGUUAAUGAUCUUAUCAGUGAUACUACUACAUAACAACAACAUUUCGCAGGCGGAUUUGCUUAAUGUUUUAGACGUGAAUUUUAAUUUGCAUUUCCAGGAGACGAAGCCAAUAGAUAUCUUAGGGAAUUUGACAAUUUCCCAAUUCAUCUCCUUGAUGACACAGCAGGAAUAUAUACAAAUUUCGACUACGAAGGAUGAACGGUCGAAGAAAAAGAAUGCAAACAAUGGUAGACGCCGGAAAGUGUCAACAGCGGUCAAUGCCGAUAACAGUCUUCUCAUAUAUGGUUUGGGAAGGAGAGCGCUUACUGAGUUUUCCAAAGACAGUUUUAUAGCAUUUUUUAAAAACAUUUACGGUGACUGGGAUGAUGACUUACAGAAAUCAGCUGAAUACACCUUAAAAGGAAUAUGGGGCGACAGUGGUGAAAUAACUACAGAGAGUACAGACCAUUGA